GGGUCUGCCCAGCGCCGGGUGCUCGUCAGAUCCACUCCGCAGGAAUGGCUGCUCGACGCACGCUGUGCUUGGGGUUGGUGCUGCUGGCGGCCGUGGGAGUGCUGCAGAGCCAGGCCCAGGCCCCGGUCCCGGUGCAGCCCGAUUUCCAACAGGACAAGUUCCUGGGGCGCUGGUUCACCGCGGGCCUCGCCUCCAACUCGAGCUGGUUCCGCGAGAAGAAGGCAGUGAUGAGCAUGUGUCUGUCGGACGUGGCCCCCAUGGCCGAGGGCGGCUUCAACAUCACCACCACCUUCCUCAGGAAGAACCAGUGCGAGACGCGGAGCCUGCUGCUGCAGCCUGCGGGGAGCCCCGGCAGCUACAGCUACAUCAGCCCCCACUGGGGCAGCACCUACUCAACCUGGGUGGUGGAGACAGACUACCAGGAAUUCGCGCUGCUGUACAGCGAGGGCACCAAGGGCCCCGGGCAGGACUUCCGCAUGGCCACGCUCUACAGCCGCAGCCAGACCCCCAAGGACGAGCUGAAGCAGAAGUUUAGCACCUUCUGCCAGGCCCAGGGCUUCCCCGAGGAUGCCAUGGUCUUUCUGCCACGCAACGACAAGUGCCUCAAGGAGCAAGACUAGGACACACCUGCUGGGCUCCUCCUCGGGCCUGGAGACGCCCCCUACCCCCUGCCUCUUCCACAAAGCGCUUCUGGCCCCUCGGGUGCUCCUUGAUGCUAAGAAAUAAACUGAGCAAAGUUG